AUGACUGUUUCUGUUGAAAAAUCUACUACUCCAAGCGAACCAUCCUACUGCUUCCAAGCAACUGUUGACAAUAUCGGCCCACAAGUUGUUGGCGGUAGAGGAGUUCGUAUUGAUAUCGAAAACGAAGGUAAAGUUUACAAGAAUAUUUUAGAUGGUGUUACUGGUGCAGCUGUUGGUGCAUUGGGAUGGGGCGAUGAUGAAAUCCUUGAAAUCAUUAACAAGGCAGCUAAGGAAUCUACUUAUUCAUUUGCACCAGUGAUGUCUAAUAAGAGUUCAGAAGCAUUGGCUAAAUUUUACAUUGACCGCUCACCACCAGGUGUUUUUUCAGCUGCCUUAUGGGUGACUUCCGGUUCUGAAAGUAAUGAAAAUGCUCUAAGAAUCAUUAGACAGUACUAUUUGGAACGUGGAUUACCUAACAAGGUGAAAUUAAUCUCUAGAGAAAGUUCAUACCAUGGAUUUACUUUGGGGGCUCAAGGUAUUUCAUCGAAUCCAAAAACUGUUCCAUAUCAACCAUACUUGAUGGAUCAAAAGAAUAUCGCCCUAAAGAUGCCAGCAGCUUACGCAUACCGUUGGAAGAAAGAUUCUGAAACUGAAGAACAAUAUGGGAAGAGAUUAGUUGACAUUUUGGAAAAAAUGAUUUUAGACAAUGAUCCAGAAACUAUUGCUGCAGUUAUUGUGGAAACUUUACCAGGUUCUUCCUUGGGUACUACACCACCACCAAAAGGUUAUUUGAAGGGUAUCAGACACCUCUGUACCAAGUACGAUAUUAUAUUCCAAUUGGAUGAAGUUAUGUGUGGUACUGGUAGGGCUAACCCACAUGGUAAAUUGAACUGCUGGGAAAACUUCUUGGAUCCAUCUGAAGGUCCUGAUAUUCAGACGGUUGGUAAAACUCUUGGUUCCGGUUACGUUACAAUCGCAGGUGUCUUAAUCGGUCCAAAGAUUAGAAAUGCUUUCGUUAAUGGAUCUAAUACAGUGUUUGGUGGCCACACCUACUCUUCUCACGGUUUCAACUGUUCAGUGGCUCUGGGAGUCCAACAGAAGAUUGCUAGGGAGAAUUUGGGUGCUAACAUCUUUAAGAUGGGUACUUUACUAAAUAAAAAACUAACAGAAAGCCUACUAUCCACGGAUAAUAUUGUUGGUGAUGUGAGAGGGGUUGGUGGUUUCCAAUCUGUGGAAUUCGUUAAAAACAGAGACACUAAAAAACCUUUUGGUCCUGAGGCCAACAUCAUUGGACGUUUCAAGCCUCUUUGCUUUGAAAAUGGCUUGGCUAUCAUGGGUAUGCCAGCAAACACAAAUGGUAUCUCCGGUGACCUUGUGCUCUUUGCACCAUCAUUUAUCGUUACUGAAGAUGAUAUCAAUGAAAUCGUUACAAUCUUUGUCAAAUGUGUCAAUAACUUCAGUAAGACAUUAAAACAGGAAGGUGCCUGGUAA